CUUUGGCCACACACUAACAUGCUUUGAGAGAGAGAGAGUGUGUGAAAGGGAACGUUAGGAGAAGAGAGGAGAGAUAGAGUGGGAGAGUAAAGGAGGGCAGGAGUGCUCUCUUUUGGAGGAGAGUGAAUGUGGAGCUGACAGAAGGGGAGGCAGACGGGGAGAAGAAGCUUAGUAAUACAGACAACAAAAGAACAAUCGUGGGGGGGUGAAGAAAAAGGGGGGCUUCUGCACAAUGGCCACAGAGGAUUCUGCUGGUGGUGCUCGCAAAGCCACCAAGAGUAAACUGUUCGAGUUUCUCGUCCAUGGAGUGCGUCCAGGUAUGACCACAGGGGCAAGGAUGCCUCAUCAAGGUGCCCCUAUGGGUCCACCCGGCCCCCCGUAUGGAGGGACACCCCCAGUUCGCCCAGGGAUGCCCAACCCUACACUGGACCCUAAUCGCAAACGGCCCACCACAACUCCACCAGUACAAGCCCCAUCCGUUCAGAGCCGGCCUAGAAAGAAACCACUGGGAUUCCAAGGAGCCAAUGAGGUUUCUACAAGAACGCUGGACUUGCGAGAGGUCCAGUCUGAGCCAGCAAUUGGAUUCAAUGCCAAGAGAAGGAAAAUGGCAGACAAGAUUCUCCCUCAAAGGAUCCGUGAGCUGGUGCCCGAGUCGCAGGCGUACAUGGACCUUUUGGCUUUUGAGCGCAAACUGGACCAAACGAUUAUGAGGAAGCGGGUGGAUAUACAGGAGGCCCUCAAGCGACCGAUGAAGCAAAAGAGGAAGCUUCGACUGUACAUCUCCAACACGUUUAACCCAGCUAAACCUGACUCGGAGGACUCAGAGGGCAGCAUCGCGUCUUGGGAGCUAAGAGUAGAAGGCAAGCUGCUGGAUGAUCCUGGAAAGCAAAAGAGGAAGUUUUCUUCUUUCUUCAAGAGCUUGGUUAUUGAGCUGGAUAAAGACCUCUAUGGACCUGAUAACCACUUAGUUGAGUGGCAUCGGACUCCCACAACCCAGGAGACGGAUGGCUUCCAGGUGAAGAGGCCUGGAGACGUGAACGUCCGGUGCACGUUGCUGCUCAUGCUCGAUUACCAGCCACCCCAGUUUAAGCUGGACCCUCGGCUUGCUCGCCUGCUGGGCAUCCACACACAGACGCGCUCCUGCAUCAUCCAGGCCUUGUGGCAGUAUGUCAAGACUAACAAGCUGCAGGACUCCCACGAAAAGGAAUACAUUAGCUGUGACAAGUAUUUCCAGCAGAUCUUUGACUGCCCGCGUCUGAAGUUCAGUGAGAUUCCUCAGCGGCUCACUAACCUGCUGCUGCCCCCUGACCCCAUUGUGAUCAACCAUGUCAUCAGUGUGGACCCUAAUGACCACAAGAAGACAGCCUGUUAUGACAUCGAUGUCGAGGUGGACGAUCCUCUAAAGACCCAAAUGAAUGGUUUUCUGCUCUCGACGGCUAAUCAGCAAGAGAUUGCGUCACUAGACAACAAGAUCCAUGAGACGAUCGAAUCCAUCAACCAGCUGAAGAUCCAGAGAGAUUUCAUGCUCAGUUUCUCCAGAGAUCCCAAGGGUUACAUUCAGGACUGGAUCUGUUCACAAAAUCGAGACCUGAAGCUAAUGACCGAUGUGGUGGGAAACCCAGAGGAGGAACGAAGAGCCGAGUUUUAUAACCAGCCCUGGUCUCAAGAAGCUGUGAGUCGAUACUUUUACUGCAAGAUCCAACAACGGAGGCAAGAACUCGAACAAGCCUUGGCAAUGCGCACCACUUAAAUUCUUCAUCAAUUUGGAGCAAAACUUACCAGCACAUUUUGUUACAGAAUAACGGUGGGAAUUUUUCAUCUAACUGAACAAUUUCCAAAACACCGGACAAUUUUCCCGGUAUCCUUGAAGAAUAAAAAACACUACUGGCAACAGGCACUAUUUGUUAUUUAUUGGACAAUUUGUAUAUGGCAUUACAGUUCAGUGUUUAGAUUGUAGUAUUAUCUUUAAAAAAAUAAAAAAGACUUUUGUGGAAAAUUCUUAAGCCACAAACCAUAGUAAAACAAAGCCAAACAUUUUCCUGGCUGCACAGAAAUGUGAGAAAUGUCUCUUUGUGUGUGUGUGUGUGUGUGUGUGUGUGAGAGAGAGAGAGAGAGAGACUAAAUGUUUUGUACUGCAAAAUCUUGCCUUUUGUCUAAAAAUUAGUUUAAACUUUGGAUAAGAGGACAGGAAAUGUGUACUGUGAAGUUCAACUUUUUAUGUAUACGUGUUCGGUAUUAGUGUACGUGAAUGUGUUAACGUUACUGGAUGUAUUGCGUAUCAUUUGACAUUCUGCUAUAUCUUCCUUUAAGAUCGACUGUGUCCAUGAACUGAAGCACUGUGUAAUCAUUUCUCUAUAAAGCAUAAUGAAAUGUUUACUACGACUGAGGCUUACAUCACUCGAAUAGAAAGAAUCAGGUUUCGAUUUCAUUAGAAUGUGGAUGUCAUGCUUUCAUCUCUCUGUACAACAUGUUUCGAAGUCGUAGGCCUUUUUUAUUCCCACAUGGGCGAUGUGAGCACGUGUGGGUAUCGUAUUUUUUUUGUUUUGUUUUGUUAUUCUGUACUUUCAUGAUCGGUGACUUUACAUAUCAUUUUUAUCAGAGGCUUUAGAUUAUGGCCUCGUUGUUUUCACACAUCUGUUCUACUCACACUGGUGCAUGUUGCAUGAGAACAUACAGGUCUGUUUUUAGAAAACAGCUUAGCAUGAAUCAGUCAGCAUUGUAACUUUGUUGCCUUAAAAGCUUACUGAGGAUGCAGAUUACAAAAAAGCAUUUACCAAAGUUUUAAGUGUAGGACAAAUUUUAUUUUUUAAUCAUUAUUAUAUGCUUUAUUUUGGGUAGAUAUGGGUCAUAUGCAUACACCUGAGUUCGAGGGCGUGCUGAUAAUGAUGGCAUUACCAGUCACACGUUCACGUAUGUAAUAUAUAUACUGUAUAAGGCAGCAGUGUCCGAUCUUAUCCGGAAAGGGCCGGUGUGGGUGCAGGUUUUCAUUCCAACCAAGCAGGAGCCACACCAGAGUUUACUAGAAGCCAAGAACAACUGAUUAAACAGGUGAAAUCAGGUGUGGCUUCUGCUUGGUUGGUAUAAAAACCUGCAUCCACACCAGCCCUUUGUGGAUAAGAUUGGACACCCUUGGUAUAAGGUAUUGGUGUGACGUGGCAUUGAAACAGCUACAAAAAUUAAUGUCAAAUUGAUUCUGGGACACCAGGUCCUGUGAUUUUUCUAAGAAUGUUCUUUAUUUAUAGUAAUAAAAACUGUGUUCUCAUGCUGCAAACAUUUGUAAAUGAAUAAAUGCAUUUGU